AUGCCUGCAAGUUCAACAACGGGCUGCACGACUUUACCCAUGGGAGUGAGACAACAGGCUCAUCUCGCUUCCGUACCUGCAUUUCGUACGAUGGUGGCGGCACGGUUAGAUCUAAGCGAUACAGAUACGGUUGUGCUGUCAGAGGAGUUUAGCAUGGGCAUGCAUGGGCUUGCUCGGGUGGUGGAGGAGGAGGAGGAGGAGCGGGCUUGGAAUUCGUCCGAGGAGAAGAGUUUGGGAGUGUGA